AGAGCUAUAUUCCGUUGGAUAACGUGUAAAGAUUUAAAUAAACUGGAUAUAUGUGAACCAGUGAAUCCAGAAUCACCUCUAGGUUUAUUACGUGGUAUUAAAUAUGGUACUGAAACAUAUCAUGAUUUGUUUAAACGAUUGUGCAGUUUUGCAGGUCUCUACUGUGAAGUGAUACAGGGAUAUUCUAAAGGUGCUGGAUAUAAACCGGGUAUGAAACUAGAAGAUGAAAAGUUCCGUAACUCCUGGACUGCUGUUAGUAUCGAUGGAUCGUGGUGCUUCGUCAACUGUAACUGGGGCGCCAGACAUGUCAAGGGAAAUAACUCUUCUAAUAAGGAGAACAAAAAUCAGUAUUUUUACGCCUGUGAUGAGUUUUAUUUCAUAACUAAUCCCGAGGAUCAUAUAUUCCAACAUUUUCCGGACGAUUCAAGAUGGCAGCUACUCGAGUGUCCGAUUUCUUUAACGGAAUUUAUCAGUCUUCCUAUAGUUAAAUCAUCCUUCUUUAAUUAUGGACUCAAAUUCAUCAUGCAU